AUGAUUGAUGAUAAGGAGGAAAGUCAGCUUCAAGUCAACUCAUUAGUAUUGCCACCACAAGCGGCAUCUAGCAGAACCUCUAUCGACGAUACCGACAUGACCCACAAUGGCGAUGGUAAUAAUGGAGGAGAAUCUACGUCAUAUGAAACGCUGGUAAAAGAAAUUGUCUUGCAGCAAUGGACAAAGGAUUACGAUGAUACUCUCGAAGAGUAUCUGACAAUAAUUGGGAAGGCAAAGGAUUUUCCUGAUGCGAAAGCGAUCAACUUUCGUCGAAAGGUGAUAUGCGAUGUGGUUGUGGCUGCCUUUAAGGGAAACCAAGAGAUGAUCUCAAAAGCCAAAAAUGCUAACAAGACUGCCACAGCCCUUGUUGUUGCGUCGUUGAAUUUUCUGAAGCAUCAUCAGGAACGACUGGAAAUUGAAAAUGAAUUGUCAUUGCACUCUUUUCUUUCAAUCUUGUGCAUGUACGUCUUGAGGGAGUACUACAAGAGAACAAAGGAGCAAGCUCUAUUGCGACCUGUAGUCUCCAGAAACAACAAUCGCAUGGUUCCUGUCAACUACCUCAUCAGCAAAACAGAGCUCUCUCAUGAAUACGAUGUUCAAAAGUUUGUUCAUCAAGCUGAGCGCGUUGCGAAAUGGUUCGAUGCAUCAGAGGAUUCCGUAAAUGCUUCGGAAUACGAAGAUGCGCCUUACUUUUGUGUCGUACAGUCGAGCGGGAUGGGAAAGACCAAAUUGAUUUACGAAGGUUGCAAGGAGUUGGAGCAAAAGGAUAACUGGUCUUGCCAUACGGUUUUGCCAUGGACACUGAAAGAUUCAAAUGCGUUGACAAAUGGCGACGUUUUCUCUCACAGGCUAAACAUCGAAGUAUGUGCGACGAAAAAAUCAGCCGUGGAUGCUGCAACAGCAGCACUUGCAUACCUGAAUACUUUCUGCGACAAACUAAUAGCGGAGGAAGCAUCCGAUCAUGAUGGUAAUCAAAGGACCAUAUUUCUUUGUUUUGAUGAAGCCCACGUAUACUUGGAAUCCCACAAGUUUCAGGACGACGAAGGCGCCGAGAACGUGAAGCAUCCUGCAUUUCUGUUCCGAUGUAUUCGGCUAUGGCUUCGACAGAAGAAAGGACGACACAAAGUGAUUGGUUGCUUUUCGGGUACUCUUGCAACCUUGGCAAGUUUCCGACUGGAGGCUGAUCCACAGCUGUCUGUGCCAUCAUCUCGAGACUUCACGUCGAUUGGCGAGCGGUACAACUUCUAUGAGAAAGGCGCAAAGGUGUUUCCAAUAUUUGUUCAGACAACCACAAUGGGUUGCCUAGGAGGUCGGAAUUUGGAGGGAGAUCAAGGAUUAGAUAAGCAUACGACAGAGUAUCGUCAAGCGAUACGCCAUGGACGACCGCUCUUUGAACUCAUGGAGGAAAACGGAGAUCUGGCAAGAAAUGAAGGAUCAGUAGUCCGUCGAAUGCUACUGUAUGGUCUUGGGAAUCACUGGGCUGUUGGGAAGGAGUCACUGAAAUCAUGUCUCAGCAUUUUGGGUACCAGAGUGCAAAUGGGCCAACCUUCUUUUUCUGUCGCUUCGGACAUGGUAGGUUACGGAUAUGCCAACCUGACUCAUGCAACUUCCACAGAUGCAAUAAUAUGCUACAUGCCAGAUCCUGUUUGUGGUCGUCUGGCCAUGCAACUGAUGGACUCAGAAUGGGCAUUGGGGGACAUUAAAGGCAGACCUAGUAGUUGGUGGCUCUGGCAGAUGAAGGAAAUUUUUUCGCAAGGGCUCUGUCGACCUGAACAGGGUGACUUUGGUGAAGUAAUGGUUGCGCUGUACUUUCUUGUUUGUGCCGAUGUGCUUCGGCGACAGGACAAUCACAAUCACACCACGUUUUCAGUGUCUCUUGAAGAUUGGAUAGAGAAUCUAACAACGGGCGGGCUUGAGCGAAGACAAGGACAUCGUUCCGAUGAGUAUGCUUUGCCGAAGCGGAAGAGCAAGCGCCUUCUUGCUGCCAAAUUGCCAGUCUCAGGACAGAAGCAGGCUGCUGAGAAAUUGGACGAAACAAUGGAUGACGCCGACGAAGUUGGAGUAGAGGCUAGCAUCAGCUGCAUUCAGGUUUGUCAAAACUAUUUGCGGUCUUGUGAAGCCGACUGGGAAGGAUUUUGUUCGCAGGAUUUUCUAUCGUACAUGUACGCAAGCGGGACAGCUUUUUAUGUAUUCCCCGGUUGCCCGAUCAUUGAUCUUGUCAUUCCCAUCAAGCUUUCGGGACAAGGGAAAGAUUACUUUGCGCCAAUGGUGAUCUCCAUCAAGUCGCGCGCAUACUAUUCUCCUGAAGAUGCAAGAUGGGAGUGCCAGCGGAUGACAGAGCGAUUCAAGAGAGUCGAAGAAGGCGACGACAAGGAAGCGUUUGAAUUUUUUCCUGGAGCAUUGUGUUUGCUGGUUGUGUUCGGGUCUACCGCUGUCUCCAAUGACGACGACCUUACCCUGGACCGUUCUGCAAUCAGUGAGCUGUCAAAGAAGAACAUAGUUAGCAGAGUACUUCACAUUCCUGAAGAAGAUGCAUUUGGAGGAUUCUGUGAUACAUUUCGCACGUUGACUAGCGAAAUUGCGUUUGGCUCGUCUGAAGUAUUUGCGUCCCACUCUUUUGUCCGCGCUUAUUGUAAGGAUGAGAACACGGAAGAGCUCGAUAGCAGAGCUGCACUUCGUUCUUCGCCUGGUUUAGAAGAAUCAGAGCUGUUGCGAAAUCUUCAUGAGCAGUUCAAGAAUGGAUACGGCGCAUCUGGAAUGGUGUAA